UCAGAAAAAAGGGGAAGAUUUGGAGGUUUUCAACGAUUUUAUAUUUCGAUUUCCAUCAAAAAAAAUUGACGCCAAUGAUUGGUUCGGAUUGAACGGGGUGGGGGGAGGAAGAGGGGUGAUGUGGAAUAAAAACUAUUUUUUUACGGGUGAAUGCGGUAAGCUAGAAACGUAUUGUAUGUUUGCUAAUGACCCCCCCCCCCCACUUCCGUUCCAUACCUCUUUCAUCAUCUGCUAAUAAACUGUUGUUAUUUUGUAUAUGUGUAGAGAGUCGGUUGACAUUAGAAGAUUAAGGGGCAGGUCACAGUAUCCUCGUAUAUGUAAUGAAAAUAAAAUUAAACAUUAUUAGUCACAAAAUUAUAUCAUGAAUGCAACAAUAAUGAAGGUAUUGUUUUUAAUGUUAGUAAUAGGGGUACAGAAUAACCUCGUAGGUCAGCCAAACGAAUCGCCUAUUGUUUGCAUUAUUGAAAGACAAAUAUCAAAGUCGAAAUAAAAUUGAUAAAAAUAAAUUGAAUGAACUUCUCCUCUUCUCUUUUCCAAAAAGUUAUCAAGUGGUACAGUUGGUUGUUAUUCAGUUUUUCCUUUUUUUGUCGUCAUGAUUGCGAUAAUUAUUUUACAUGUGGUUUUUGGUAUGAGUCUAUCUCAGGACACCCCGUCCUGUAACUGUAAAGACGAUUUUGGAAUGGCUUUCUGUUAUAAUGUACGAGCUUGUCCGGAGUUUGUGACCAUUGCCCAGGUUGAGUGCGCAAUUAAAGAAAUCAUUGUUAAAACGAACACAUCGCUGGACCAAGUACUGAUCCACGGACAAUGUACCAACAUAUCGGCGUACAAGCGAUUUUGCAUGCAAGCAAUUAAAGAAAUAAAGAUGCAGGCCACCAGCGAAAGUUUCCUCUGUGCAGAAAUGACGACAUUAUCCUCGACCAUGCCGAGAUUCAGUGAGAAACAUGUAACACACGAGAGGAAGUCGUCAAGCUCACACCAGAACUUUACGACGACUGACGCGACCACACAAACUUCUGUUAUCAGUAGCACGCUUAAUAAUAGUAUCGCGCUUAUUAAUAAUAGUAGCAUGCACAAUAAUGACACGUCUGCAUUUAAUAGUACACCCAUCCCGCAUGACUAUACUAAAUCUCUGACGUCACCUGUAACCACUAUUACAUUGCAUGAAAGUACACCUCGAGCGCAUUCAGUAGAACAGACCACCCCAUUUACCAAAUCCAACAACACUAUGCCUCACACGACCCGCUUUAAUACAAAUGUCACUCUAUCCUCUGUAAAUACUGACGGACUCGACGACUACCGACUUGUACGCUGAAAUGAGCACCAUCAGUUUGAAAAACAUUGAGGCUCGCGGUACGAAAUACGACAAACUGUAUUACAUAUAAUUCUUUAUACCCAUUUUAUUCAUAGCAUGUUUUUUUGUAUUUCGUAAUUAUAUUAUGAAAAUAAGUCCUAAUCGUUGAUCAAAUCACCUAUCUUUAGACACAAUAGACAGUCAAUUUGAAAAAAAUUUGAAUGAAUCAAAAUUGAAUGUGAUGAUGAUGAUGGGGAUGAGAUGGUGUUUCAACAAUAAAUCUAAUAAAUUAUUUUUUUUAAAGUAUUAGUGCAUGUUGUUUUAUAGUUGUUUGUUUGUUGAUUUGUUUGUUUUUUGUUUGCAUGAACUGCGCACGGAAUAAGACAAUGAACGAAGCUUUCGACAUGGCCCUUUCGGGCUUGAUUGUUAUAGGGGGGCUAGUUCUUGUUGCGGUGUUGCGGUAUCUCCUCAGGAGAUACCGCAACUUCAUCGUCGUCCGUGAACGUCGACAGGCGGGUGCAGCGUCACUUUCCAACCCCCAACUGAUGCCAGGUCGAGCCGCGGAGCAGCGCCGGGAGGCCAACAAGCAACUGUUCAGGACAGCGGAGCCGGCCGAGGACAUCCCACCAAUUCCCAUGGAGGAACUGGUGAGGAGGAUCAAGAAAGAGCCAGUGACCCCAGCCCGCGCCCAGUCCAUGCCAGUGCUCACCCCGACCAAGAAGUUCGCCACGCAGGGGGAUUUGCUACUGGUGUAGAAAUUCUAUAAUUAAUUAC